GAGAAAGGGAGGGAGGGGUUGUUAGAAAGUCACGGCUCUGGAGCAGGGCGAGGAAAAAACGGACGGAGUGACACUUCUCGCCCACAAACUCGCCGUCUUCCUCUGCAGACGCGCAGGAAGACAUGUCAGCGUGAGCAGAAGUUUGGUGGAUUUGCUAAAAGGAGCAGCAGCGACACUUCUAUACAGGAGAUGACUGUUUGAUCCGAGCCUUCAUCCUCCUCCUCCUCCUCCUGCCCCGGGGUCCGAGAGGAGAACACCUGCUGACAGUGAGGAGGUCCUGAGGGAGGAGACGCAGCAGCAGCAGCAGCAGGUCUGAGUACAGCAGGACGCUCGAUACACUCUACAGGUCUCUGCUGAGCUGAACAUUGUCAAACACCGGUUACACUCCAGAGCAUCUGCACAAGACGUUGAGAAUCCACGGGAAGAAGCAGUUGAUUGGUUGAUCUUUCAGGGAGGUCGGGGGUCGAAGGCCAUGGCGGGCCGACUCCUCCUCUUCCUGAUCGUCUCGGUGACGCUCGGCAGCGCUCACUUCCAGUCCGGCCAGCGUCUGAAGCCCCGCCUCCAGAGAGACCGACGCAACAUCCGGCCGAACAUCAUCCUGAUCCUGACCGACGACCAGGACCUGGAGCUGGGUUCGAUGCAGGCCAUGAAUAAAACUCGCCGCAUCAUGGAGGAGGGCGGGACUUCUUUCUCCAACGCCUUCGUGACCACGCCUAUGUGCUGUCCAUCACGUUCAAGCAUGCUCACCGGGAAGUACGUCCACAACCACAACACCUACACCAACAACGAGAACUGCUCCUCGUUGUCGUGGCAACGGCAGCACGAGCCACGGACCUUCGGGGUCUACCUCAACAACACUGGAUACAGGACAGCCUUCUUUGGGAAGUACCUGAACGAGUAUAACGGCUCCUACGUCCCAGCUGGGUGGAGGGAGUGGCUCGGCCUGGUGAAGAACAGCCGCUUCUACAACUACACAAUGAGUCGCAACGGAGUCCGAGAGAAACAUGGAGCGCAGUACCCACAGGACUACCUGACUGACCUGAUCACAGCCGAGUCCAUCCGGUACUUCCGCUCCUCAAAGCGGGUUUACCCUCACCGCCCGGUCCUGAUGGUGCUGAGCCACGCGGCUCCACAUGGACCUGAAGACUCAGCUCCGCAGUACAGCACCGCCUUCCCUAAUGCAUCGCAGCACAUUACUCCCAGUUAUAAUUACGCUCCAAACCCAGACAAGCACUGGAUCAUGCGUUACACCGGCCCCAUGAAGCCCAUCCACAUGGAGUUCACCAACAUGCUGCAGAGGAAACGGCUGCAGACGCUGCUGUCUGUGGACGACAGCAUGGAGAAGCUGUACAACAUGCUGGUGGAGACGGGCGAGCUGGAAAACACCUACAUCAUCUACACGUCUGAUCACGGCUACCACAUCGGACAGUUCGGCCUCGUCAAAGGUAAAUCCAUGCCGUACGAGUUCGACAUCAGGGUCCCGUUCUACAUCAGAGGACCUAACGUGGAGCAGGGCAGCAUUAACCCUCACAUGGUCCUGAACAUCGAUCUGGCUCCGACCAUCCUGGACAUCGCCGGCCUCGACACUCCUCCAGAUAUGGACGGGAAGUCAAUAUUGGCUCUACUGGACACUGACAGACCUGCCAACAGGUUUCAAGUAAAUAAGAAGCCGAAGGUGUGGAGAGACUCGUUUCUGGUGGAGAGAGGGAAGCUGCUCCACCAGCGCGUCGAGGGAAAGGAAGUGUCACAGGAGGAGAACUUCCUGCCCAAACACCAACGAGUAAAAGACCUGUGUCAGAGAGCCGAGUACCAGACGCCCUGUCAGCAGACUGGACAGAAGUGGCAGUGUGUGGAGGACGCCACAGGUAAACUACGACUCUUCAAAUGUAAGAAUGAAGGGGGAGGGGCAAAGAACUUCCAGAGGGGCGUGGCCGGUCACCAGCAUCCUAUCAGCAUCAAGUCCCAGUUGUACCAUCGCAACUCAGACGGCUGUGACUGCGACCUACGCGACCUACGACCUCUGAACCUGCGGCCCACCAUGAUGAGGCCGUUCAACAAGAAGCCGUUCUUCUCCAAGAAGAAGUUCAAAGCCCUGAAGAGUUACUCCAGAAACCGGUACAGCCGCUCCACAUCCAUGAUGAACAGUUACCCCGGUAACCACAGCCUGGUGGGCAUGCCUGACGAGUCCGAGGACGAGUUCAGCGGGAUGGGAGGAGCUCCCAGUGUCGUGGCCCCACCCAACUCUAUCAAAGUCACACACAGAUGUUCGAUUCUGUCUAACGCCUCGGUGAAGUGUGACACAGGAGUGUAUCAGUCUCUGCAGGCCUGGAAGGACCACAAGCUGCACAUAGACCACGAGAUUGAGACUCUGCAGACGAAGAUAAAGAACCUGAGAGAGGUCAGAGGUCACCUGAAGAAGGCCCGCCCCCUGGAGUGUGACUGUAAUAAAUACCUGUACAAGUCCAAACUGAAGAAUAAGCUGAGGUUCCGAGGAGGUGGUCUGCACCCCUUCAGGAAGGGAGGGGCUCGGGAUAAGAAGGCUUGGCUUCUGAAGGAGCAGAAGAGGAGGAAGAAGAUGAGGAAGAUGAUCAAGAGGAUCCGGAACAAUGACACGUGUUCGAUGCCUGGACUGACCUGCUUCACACACGACAACCAGCACUGGCACACUGCACCCUACUGGACAUUGGGUUCGUUUUGUGCAUGCACCAGCGCCAACAACAACACAUACUGGUGUCUGAGGACCAUCAACGAGACCCACAACUUCCUGUUCUGUGAGUUUGCCACCGGCUUCCUGGAGUACUUCGACCUCAACACAGACCCAUACCAGUUGAUAAAUGCUGUCAGCUCUUUAGAUCGGACGGUUCUCAAUCAGCUCCACGUUCAGCUGAUGGAGCUCAGAGGCUGCAGGGGACACAAGCAGUGUAACCCUCGCACACGCUCAGUGGAGCUGGCAGGAGGGCGGGAACACGGCAGCUUUGAUGACUACAGGGUGUUUGAGAGGAGGAAGUGGCCAAGAGUCAAGAAACCUUCAUCAUCUCGAACCCUAGGUCCAAUCUGGGACGGCUGGAAGGGCUAAGCCUCCUGAUUGGUUGGAGCAGGCUCCUGACCCUGCCCACAGCAGCCUGAAG